AUGGAGAUAACCUGGCACCCCUACUACCCCGUGGACGCAGGGCUGCCGCACUACGUAGCCAACGAGGCCCCCCUCCUUAAGCUGCUUGUUGCGUUCGCGGCAACCAUCGCCAUCGUUGUCGUCGCUGUCUUGACGGUCGCCAGGAGGAUUCAUCCCAAGAUGGUGACCUCAGACCAACUCGUCGUAUCCUGGUUCGCUCUUUGGUACUUUGUCUGGAACCACCGGCGUCUCGCUGGUAUGCAGACGCUCUUCGCCCAACUGUGGAAGGAAUACGCUCUCUCCGACUCGCGGUAUCUAACCUCUGACCCGUUCAUGCUCUGCGUCGAGUCCUUCACCGUUGUCGUAUUGGGUCCCCUCUGCUGGGCCAUUGUCGUCGCCAUUGCCAGGCGCAGCCACGUCCGCCACCCCCUGCAAGUUAUCAUGUGCGUUGGGCACCUGUACAGCGUCGUGCUCUACUACUCAACCAGCCUGACCGAGCUCUACUUCAACGGCGUCUCGCACAGUAGGCCCGAGUUCUUGUACUUCUGGGUCUACUACGUCGGUUUCAACGCACCUUGGGUUGUGGUCCCCGCCGUCAUCCUCUUCCAGAGCGUGGUGCGCAUCAAGAACGGCCUCCAAGACCGCCACGUGAAAGCAGCUUAG